CUCCGAGCAGCGUUACCAAGAAAACAAGUUAGCCAUGGAGGGAAAUGUGCAACAAAAAACUACCCCGCUCACCCGGGAGCUGACACGGAUUUUCGGCAGCUACAACAAACACUCCGUUCUGCUGAAAAAGAACCUGAAGGAGACCAAUGUGUUCUUCCGGGAAAUCCGGCAAAACUACAGCAACGCCUGUGCAUCAGCCAUGAGCUCGGAGUCAGCUUCCCUGGAGGCAGGGCAACUGAGCUGCAUCGCGUUCCCCAGCCACGAGGAAGAGUUCCUACGCAAUACUGUGGGUGCUGCACCGUACAUCCUGGUCCUGGGCCAGAACUGCACCGCCCGCUACCAGCUGCUCAACUGCCUGCUGGGAGAGAGACUGCUCCCGCUGGGGCCCGAGGCCGGCGAGUCUUGCGAGGGCGUCCAGGGUACGGCCUGUAAGAGGCGCAAACUGUGCUUCACCCACGGGAGGCAGACGCGACUCAGCCUGGCGCUGCCCGGCCAGUACGAGCUGGUGCACCAGUUGGCGGCCAACCGCGGACGCUGGGAUACGGUGCCCCGGGAGGACCUGGAGAUCCAUGAGGAGUGCGAGGAUCCGGCGCACAGGCUCGCUGAGCUGGAGAUCACCCUGCAUCACCCGCUACUUCAGGAAGCAAAGGUCAUGGUGGUGCCGUGUGCGAGCGUCCAACCCCUAGAGGAGGCCCUGGAAGAGUUCACCCGCAACGUGAUCCCGAUCGUCCUGUACGCUACCAAGGAGGACUCCUUAAACUCGGAGCAAGUUGCCGAGCUCCGGAAAGUCAAAGAGUUGCUUUCCUAUCCCAUUUGCUUCGUACGCAUCCCUGACGUCAUUCCCACGGCUUCGCCGGAGCCGGGCCGCCGCGGAGAGAAGGAAAAAGAACGCGAGAAGAGCCCGCUUCAUAAGCAGCUCCUGUCCCUCGGAUUCCUCAGCGGCCCCGCGGGAAACUGCUCCUGCGGGGCUCCCACGCAGAUGCCCAUCCCGGGUGCUAAGCCGCAGAGCAUGCUGGGCGAGGCGUUUGAAAAACUCCACAGGCUCCUGGUGCCGUUUACGCGCCAGGUGCUUCAAAACCAGCAAGUGGAGGCCGCCAACUUGCUGAACGGACUCCACUGCCGAUGCCUCGAUCUUUUCAUCAACCAGGCCUUUGACAUGCAGAGGGACCUGCAGAUAACCCCCCGCAGGCUGGAGUACACCCGUGAGAAAGAGGGGGAGCUGUUUACUUCCCUCAUGGCCAUCGCCAACCGCAAGCAGGAGGAGAUGAAGGAGAUGAUUGUGGAGACGCUGAGCAGCAUGAAGGAGCAACUGCUGGAGGACGCCGCCAACUUGGAGUUCACAGACGUCAUCGUCACCACCAACGGCGAUGCGGUGACAUCCAAGGAGAUCAAGUCCUGCAUCCACCAGAUCCAGGAGCUGAUUGUGGUGCGCUUGAAUCAGGCCGUGGCCAACAAACUCAUCAGCUCCGUGGACUACUUGAGGGAGAGUUUUGUCGGAACGCUGGAGCGAUGUCUCAGCAGUCUGGAGAAGUCGCACAUCGAGUCGUCGCCGCACAACAUCACCUCCAAUCACCUCAAGCAGCUGCUCAACGCCGCCUACCACGUGGAAGUCACCUUCCAUUCCGGAUCGUCCGUGACGCGACUCGUCUGGGAGCAGAUCAAGCAGAUCAUACACAGGAUAACCUUCGUCAACCCGCCCGCCAUCACACCCGAGUGGAAGCGCAAAGUGGCUCAGGACGCCAUCGAAAGUCUCAGCGCCGCCAAACUGGCCCGGAGCAUCUGCUCCCAGUUCAGAACCCGUCUCAACAGUUCCCACGAGGCCUUCGCGGCAUCGCUACGCCAGCUGGAGGAAGGCCACACGGGGCGGCUGGAGCGCACCGAGGACCUGUGGCUGCGCGUGAGGAAGGACCACGCCCCCCGACUGGCCCGCCUCUCCCUGGAGAGCCGCUCCCUCCGAGACGUCCUGCUGCAUGGCAAACCCAAAAUGGGCCGGGAGUUGGGGCGGGGCCAGUAUGGGGUGGUGUACUUGUGCGACAGCUGGGGGGGUCACUACCCGUGUGCCCUGAAGUCUGUGGUGCCGCCCGACGAUAAACACUGGAAUGACCUGGCGUUGGAGUUUCACUACACCAGGACCCUCCCCAAGCACGAGCGUCUGGUGGACCUGCACGGCUCCGUCAUCGACCACACGUACGGGGUAGGCUCCAGCGUGGCAGUGCUUCUCAUCAUGGAGCGUCUCCACAGGGACCUCUACACCGGCCUCAAGGCGGGUUUGUCCUUGCGGGAGAGGCUUCAGAUCGCCUUGGAUGUCGUGGAGGGAAUCCGCUUCCUGCACAGUCAGGGUCUCCUGCACAGGGACAUCAAGCUGAAGAAUGUUCUGCUGGACAAGCAAAACCGCGCAAAGAUCACCGAUCUGGGCUUCUGUAAACCGGAAGCCAUGAUGUCCGGGAGCAUCGUGGGCACGCCCAUUCACAUGGCGCCCGAGCUGUUUACAGGAAAGUACGACAACUCCGUGGACGUUUACGCCUUCGGGAUCCUCUUCUGGUACCUCUGCACCGGUUCCGUGAAACUCCCAGAAGCCUUUGAGAAAUGUUCCAGCAAGGAUCAGCUGUGGAAUAACGUCAAGAAAGGCGCCCGACCCGAGCGCUUGUCCACUUUCGACGAGGAGUGCUGGCAACUGAUGGAGGCGUGCUGGAACGGCGACCCCUCCCAGCGGCCCCUGCUGGGUAUCGUGGAGCCCAGCCUGCAAAGCAUCAUGGUCCGUCUCUGCAGCUACGGCUCGCAGCGGAAAAACAGCGUGUUGGAGGACUCGAACUGAAAAGGAGCUGCCCGAAGAAAAGUAUUUUUGUGCUAUUUAUGAAAGACGGUUGUUCGGUCACAAGUUGAUGUAAUUUAUAAAGAAUUUUUUUUUUUUGGGGGGGGGGGGUCAAGAAGUGUUUUAUUGUUGUUUUUGUUUGUAUCACUCCUGUGUAGCUGACAUGCUAAUUGCCUCGCCUUCAUACAAAACACGUUACUAGAUGCAACUUUUUAAUGUACUCCAUUAGCAGUAUUGUCAACAAACAAAACAAACAAAAAAAUCUACAUUUUAGAUUGUAUUUAAUGUCUGCAUCUAUUCAAAAAAUUUUUUUUUUUUUAAUAAAAUAAUCUGUUACAGCAAAUCACAAAACUCCAAACUCAGACUUUUUUUUUUUAAAAACAUAAAAUAUGUGUUUUGGGUGCUGUGAACCCCACCUCGGGUUCAAAGGUCAAAUUGCUCUGCAAAUAAGUUGUUGUUUUUACAGAUUGGUGACCCUUUUUUUCCUGUGGAAUAAUAAUAAUAAAAUAAAUACUGACUGUAUUUAAUAUUUUUAUGUCAAAUAUUCGCAAACAAUUGUAUUUUUUUUACAGGAAAAUUAGUGUUAAAUUAUACAAUAUGAAUAAGUAUAUAAUAAUAAUGAUUAAUAUCAGAACAAAAU